CCCUUCACGUCUCAAAAAUUCAGUCCCUUUGCAAAAACCGAAAAAGCCAUGCGAAACCACGAAACCAUUCUUCUCGCCCUCCUUAUUGUACCCUACAUUAUUUCCCGAAAUACCGAAUUCGUCCGCGUUACCGAUGCUGCGAAGCGAACGGUCCACAUCCCGGACGAACUCGACGACGUCGUCGAUGAUGAGGAGGACGACGCCUGGAAGCAAUGGGGCAAGAAAUCCACGCCCCCUCAAGAGUCCGGUAUCCGGCCGUCCGAUUUGUCGGAGAUGUCGGUGACGGAGAUCCAGGCUGAGAUGAUGAAGCGGCAGUCCGGACCUACUAUGGGGUUUGUUAAACUCCGACUCGGCGUUCGCCGGUCUCGGGAUAUGGUGGCUGAAACUGCUAUGAAAUGGACGAAAGUCCUGAGAACUGGAGCUAUCGAGGCAAAGUUCAUGGGUGUUGAUCUGACCACAAUCAUGUUCACCUUAGAAAGAGGCCAAGAUACAGCUGAGAUGAAGGAUUUUGUGUUGAGCCAACCAGAGGCGUAUGAGAUCAAGAUUGGAGAUCAAGUUUUUCGAAGGCCUGGAGAUCCUCCAUUAGAGGAAGUUCUUGCAAAUCUUCAAAAUGAGAAAAACAAGGUGGAUAAUACAAGUCCCACUGAGAAUGACAAUUUGAAAGAAGAGUUGUAGUUGAAUGAUAAUCCUGGUAUGGAAAUCUUAGUUGAUUAAUGCUCUUUUUAGUAAGUUUGUAGUUUCUAAUUGCAGCACCUUCGUCUCCUUCUUUGUUUCUUGCAUCUCACUUACCCAUAACCCUGUUCAAGA